CAUCACCUAUCGUCCUGCAAGUAGUUCAGCGGCGUCAAGCUGAUUUUACAAUAAUUCUAUGGCUUGAUAGAGGCACGAAAUCACCCGCUUGUACCUGGUUAGUUACCGCUUUCCGUCUUCACCCGACGUCACAUCCUACUUCGACAGCUCUGUUGUCGCUGCAGCUGGACAAUGUCCAUUCCACCCUUUCAUUUAGCCUUCCCUGUCAGGGACGUCCAGGAAGCCAGGGAGUUCUAUUGCGGGGUACUCGGCUGCACUGAGGGCCGUUCCGCAGCCACCUGGGUUGACUUCAACUUCUUCGGGCACCAGGUGGUGGCGCACCUGGUCAAGGGCUACAGCGCCGCAGCAUCCCACAACCAGGUUGACGGCGACCCGGUGCCGGUGCCGCACUUCGGCGCCGCCCUCACCGUGGAUCAUUUCCACCAGCUGGCAGAGCAGCUCAAGGCCAAGGGUAUCAAGUUCGUGAUUGAGCCGCACCUGAGGUUCCAGGGCAAGCCAGGGGAGCAGUGGACCAUGUUCUUCCAAGACCCCUCGGGCAACGCGCUCGAGUUCAAAGCCAUGACUAACCCGGACAACCUGUUUGCCAAGUACGUUGUAACGGACUGAGCUUACUUGUAGAAUUUAACGGUCGCUUGCAGAUGGAAUGCACUCCUGCUGAGUGGCGGGGCUUUGGAGGGCUGUUACGUGCAGCGUUACCCUGUGAUAAUCACGCCGGACGGUGGAAUUGGAACACACCUGCAUGUCCGACGAGAAAAGAAGCGUGCAAGGCAGUGCCAAGGCACCAUAGGCAGUUUAGCACAUUACUAUGACCGUAGAGAUGUCUGACAAUUAGGACAGACGUUGAUCCUGUUGACGGUUUGUAGUAAUGCAGAAUGCACAACCUAUAUGGAUAUACUGUGCCGACAGGUGUGCCGUUUGUAACAUUGAUGAUUUGUAUCGGUUGACGACAACACUUACACCAUCGUACAGGGCACGAAUUUAUAGA